AUGUUAUUUCUGGAUAAUGCUGAUAAAGGAAAGAAGUUUGUUCAAGAGAACAUGAUUGUUGAUAAUAUGAGAAAUGAUGAUUGGAUGGAUAGCAGUCCUUCUGUUCCUUGCUUUGAUAUUAUUUUUGAUGGUUCAAAGUUUUUAGAGGAAUUAAGAGAUGUUCAAGUUGAUCAACUGCCAAUGAAACAAUUUUUGGAUCAUCCUAGGGUUCUGGAACAGUUGGAGGUGUUAAUAAAUUCAAAUGAAGUUUCGGAUCAUCAUAGUAUUGAGCCAAAUAAAAUAUUGAGUGAUCCAGUUGUUUCAAAUCAGUUUCAUGGUCCUGAUGCUAUUAUUUCAAACCCUUUAGGAAAUCCUUCUCCUGUUUGUGCAGAUCUUGAUUUGGUUAUUGGUGAAUCUUUUAAAAACACUGUAGGUGAAGUUGUUGGAUUCAAACAUUUAGGGGUAGUUUAA